UACAAGGAGGGUAUUGAGUGGGAGUUUAUCGACUUCGGCAUGGACUUGCAGGCCUGUAAUGAUCUCAUUGAAAAUUUGAGGGUUUUUUUAACUGAGAGAUCCUGAAAAACAGGACAAAUAAGUAGCCCAUGGGUAUCAUGUCGAUCCUUGAAGAGGAGUGCAUGUUCCCCAAAGCCAGUGAUGCAACAUUUAAAGCUAAGCUUUAUGACAACCACUUGGGUAAAUCAAACAAUUUCCAGAAGCCCAGGAUUGUCAAGGGUAAACCAGAGGCUCAUUUCUCCCUGGUUCACUACGCUGGCACUGUUGACUACAACAUCAAUAACUGGCUGGUGAAGAACAAGGAUCCUCUCAAUGAGACUGUUGUAGGCCUUUAUCAGAAGUCCACCAUGAAACUGCUCUCUUACCUGUUUGCUGGUUAUGCUGGCGCAGACUCAGCCAUGGGUGAGUGUCGAGGUGGCAAAGGUGGGAAGGAGAAGAAGAAAAGGGGAUCUUCUUUCCAGACGGCGUCUGCCCUUCAUAGGAAUCUGAACAAACUGAUGACCAACCCUCACUUUGUGCAUUGCCUGAUCCCCAAUGAGACUAAGACUCCAGGGGCGAUGGAGAGUUCUCUGGUCAUGCACCAGCUGCGCUGAAACGGUGUGUUGGAGGGCAUCAGAAUCUGCAGAAAGGGCUUGUGGUUUGUGGAUUCUUGAGGUAAAUUUAACCUUUCUAAAAGCAAAAGCAAUACUUAAAUCGAUAGAUUUUUAUGUUCAUUGACACUACUCAUGAUCAUCAUGAUAGAUACCGCAUCCUUAAUGCUUCUGCCAUCUCU